AUGGAAUACUUUGGCAUAGUGGUGACUGGUAUCUAUGAUCAAUUCUUUCAGGAAGGUCCUCGGACAUUGGUGGGAGUAGCUACAUUUGACUCCACAAUUCAUUUUUACAAUUUAAAACGUGCAUUACAGCAGCCAUUAAUGCUUAUUGUUCCUGAUGUAGAAGAUGUUUAUACCCCUCUCCAAACAGAUGUUAUUGUUCAGCUUUCUGAGUGUCGUCAACAUUUAGAGCUGCUGUUGGAGAACAUCCCAACGAUGUUUGAGAACAAUAAAAGUGUGGAAUCAGCCUUUGGUGCAGCAAUCAAGGCUGGCUUUUUGGCACUGAAGGGUACUGGAGGGAAGCUUCUUGUAUUUCAGUCAGUCUUGCCAUCAGCUGGUGUUGGAACUCUUUCUUCAAGGGAAUCCGAAGCAAGAACUAAUGUCUCAGUGGGGGAAAAGGACGUCCCUAAGUUACUACAACCAGCAGAUAAAACACUGAAGACAAUGGCAAGUGAACUGGCUGAGUAUCAGAUUUGCGUCGAUGUAUUUAUCACUAGUCAAACUUAUGUUGACAUUGCUUCUGUCUCUGUCAUCCCAAGAACUACCGGAGGACAGGUAUCAAUUAAUGCUUAA